UUAAAAGAUAGGAAAACUAAGGGAAAAGAGACUGAAACUUGACGGCAAGACGAAUGCUUGACUCAUUCAAUGGACGUACGUGGCUCGUAAAAAGUUUACUAAACAGUAAACACAUAACAACGAAAGUAAUCAAACACACACACACACAAAACAUCCUUGUCGUCUUUACCAAUAUCCGUACAAAAAGGGAAAUAAAAAAAUAAUCAAAAAACGCGUAGAGAACUUUUCUACAUUCACUCGGAGAAACCAAUCUUUACAGCUUUCAACAACUUAUUUAAUGACAAUGAGUCCAUAACAUCUAAGUUAAUAAUAUAGGUAGAGCUACAAUUAAUUAGAGUUUUUCUUAAUAUUACCUAUAUCGUACAAAAAUGGCGGAUGAGGUCACAAUCGGGUUUCGCUUCUAUCCCACGGAAGAGGAACUGGUUGCGUUCUACCUACGAAACCAGCUUGAAGGAAGGAGUGACGACUCAAUGCACCGUGUCAUUCCUGUUCUUGAUGUCUUUGAGGUCGAGCCUAGUCAUCUUCCAAAUGUUGCGGGAGUGAGAUGUCGAGGAGACGCUGAGCAAUGGUUCUUCUUCGUGCCACGACAAGAACGCGAAGCUAGAGGAGGUAGACCGAGUAGAACCACGGGGUCAGGAUACUGGAAAGCGACUGGAUCACCUGGUCCUGUCUUUUCCAACGACAACCGAAUGAUUGGAGUCAAGAAAACUAUGGUUUUCUACACUGGGAAAGCACCAACCGGAAGAAAAACAAAAUGGAAGAUGAAUGAGUACAAAGCCGUUGACGAAACAGUCAACGCUUCCACAAUCCCUAAGUUGAGACAUGAAUUCAGUUUAUGUCGUGUCUACAUAACAACAGGAAGCUCCAGAGCAUUUGAUAGACGUCCUGUGGAAGUUUUGCAGACAGAGAGAAUGCUUACAAGUGAUGUUGCGGUGGCUGAGACAUCGUUUCGUGUCGAAAGCUCAUCGGAAACUUCGAUUUCAGGAGGAGAAAAUAUUGAUCUCUCUAUGAGUACAGAGUUGGUUGAUGGAUUAACAGAACCAAUCUGGGAAUGGGAACAGCUGAGUUGGCCUUGAAGCUAUAUAGAUUUUAUAAUGAAGCAAAUUUAAGUUGUUUCAAUUGCUUAUUGUUAGUUGAAUUUUAUGACCACAAUGAUUCUUUCUCUUAUUUUUUACUACCUUGUAACGUGAGAAUUUAGGCAAGAAUAAAUUACCCAAUAAGUAUAGUAUUUGAGA